GAGAGCACUAUCUCCUUAACAUCAUGGCGUGUAUAGGUCCAAUGCUUCUUGAUACAUUCUCUUCACUGGAAGGUCUGUCGCUUGGACCUCGGCGCUCACUAGCACUACCCAUGACAAUUCUGGAGAAACUUCUAUGUCGAACGCAAUCAUCAUCAACUUUACGUUACCAGCGGAACGUCAGCGAAGCUCAUCACAUAGCUCUGACUCAUAUAAGCCAACGCAGACCUCCCACAUAUCGGAAGCGGUGAAUUGGUCCUGUAGAAUAAGAAUUCUUCAGUCGCCUCAUGCCAUGUCCCGACGCAAACGAACACGGCAUUCCUCCAAAGGUGCCGAUCCGCCUGGUAAAGGAAGAGGGCAGGCGAUGUGCCGGCGGACAACAUCGGUAUCCAUGUCCUCGGAUGGGAAUGCCUUAGAGCCGUCGUUUUCGAGAAGUGUGGAUGAACGAGAGUAUCCUCAGAUUCCCUCCGAAGAGACGAUACCGCACGCAAGCACUUCAGCCUCGCCUCAGCCAAUGUCGGCGAGUGAUGAAACGGCAGAAGAGAUCUUAAGGCUGCGUACCCAGAUAGAGCAGCUCAUUGUCGAGAGAGCAUCAGUAUGGAACCCUUACAGCGAGACAGAUCCUCCUCCGGCAUACGUGGAAGCUGUUGAAGAAGAUGGCUCUGGAGAAACGUGAUUACCACUCUACACUUAAUAUUGAUAAUUAGUUCUUCGAUAUAAUUUCUUUCAGCAUAAUACUCAUUUAAUUCUUGGUUUACUGUAGUAUACCGGCACAAAGUUAUGACCUACUGGUCAAUAGAGAGUAAGGCGGUCAUAAUGGCGAAGAGAAAGAUAGGUAAAGGC